AUGGACUGGUGAGUGAGGGGGAGUUCUUGGAUAUCACGGAGAUCAAGAGGCAGCAGGCUGAGGACUACGAAUGUAUCACCCACAACGGCGUGGCUCCACCUGACCAGCAGAAGGUCAGAGUCACGGUAAACUACCCUCCGAUGAUCACAGACAUGAAGAACAUGCCUGCAAAUCUAGGGAAGACAGCCAUCUUGAGGUGUGAUGCAAUGGCAGUCCCACCAGCUACGUUUGAGUGGUACAGAGACGAUCAUAGGCCAGUAGAGAAUGACAACACCUUACGGAUCAAAAACGAGAAGACGCGCUCGCUGUUGCUGUUUACCAAUGUGACAGAGAAACAUUUUGGCAACUACACUUGCUUCGCCUCAAACCGUCUGGGUUCCUCCAACGCCAGUAUGCUGCUGUUUCGUAAGUUAUCACACACAUCACACAAACCUAG